CGGGAGCAGAGGCCAUGGAGUCCCCUUCUCUGCUUCUCUGCAAAGGGCUGCUGCUCACAGCCUUCCUCUUAACAUGCUGGAAUACACCUACCACCGCCGAGCUCACUAUCGAAUUAGUGCCGCCCAUGGUGGCUGAAGGUGGAAACUCCAUCCUAUUUGUGCAUAAAAUGCCACUGAAUGUCCAGGCAUUUUACUGGUACAAACGGAAAAACCCGACCAAGAGCUACGAAGUCGCUCGGUACUUAACGCCCAACAACACAACGUCGAAGAUGCCUCAACUCAGCGGUAGGAAAACAGUAUUCUACAGUGGAUCCCUGCUGAUCAGAAAUGUUACCCAGGCUGACAGCGGAUUGUACACCUUACUAACGUUAAACACAGAAAUGGAAAGUGAGCUAACACACGUGCAGCUGGACGUACACAAGCCUGUGGCACAGCCUACCCUCCAAGCAGACAAUACAGCAGUGACAGAAGACGGCCCAGUGGCCCUCACCUGCCUCACGGAAGACCCCGGGCUCUCCAUCCGCUGGUUCUUCCAUCACCAGAGCCUGUAUUUCAACGACAGGAUGACGCUGUCCCAGAAAAACAGCCGGCUCAGCAUAAACCCCGUCAGGAGGGAGGAUGCGGGGGAGUAUCAGUGUGAGGUCUCCAAUGGGUACAGUUCUAAGACGAGUCCCCCAAUCCAAAUAUCUGUGGCCAGUGAGUGAGCUCUCCUCUCUCUAGGCGCCACAG